AUGAUAUUUCCUUUCUUUGUUUUUAAUCAUUGCUCGUAUCGGAAAAAGUGUCACAUUAUCUAUUCUGCUGAUAUCUCCCUAUUUGGUCUGUUUCUAUCUUUCUUUCAUUCUAUAUCUAUCUAUCUAUCUCUAUACCUAUCUAUGUAUUACUCUCUGUCUAUUCCUUUCUGUCUAUCAUUCUAUCUAUAUUUCUUGAUCUAUCUAUCUAUCUAUCUAUCUAUUCCAUUCAUAUCUAUCUAUCUCUAUAGCUAUCUAUCUAUUACUCUCUCUCUCUCGAUAUAUUCCUAUCUAUCUAUCUAUCUGUCUAGCUAUCUAUCUUUGCAUAUUUCUAUCGCUCUAUGUAUAUUCCUAUCUAUUUAUCUAUCUAUCUAUCUAUCAAUUACACUGUUUUCUGUUCCUAUCUAUCUUUUACUGUCUGUUCCUAUCUAUCUAUCUAUUACUGUCUGUCUGUUCCUAUCUAUCUAUCUAUAUAUCUAUCUAUUACUGUCUGUCUGUUCCUAUCUAUCUAUCUGUUACUGUCUGUCUGUUCCUAUCUAUCUAUCUAUCUAUUACUGUCUGUCUGUUCCUAUCUAUCUAUCUAUUACUGUCUGUUCCUAUCUAUCUAUCUAUCUAUCUAUUACUGUCUGUCUGUUCCUAUCUAUCUAUAUAUCUAUCUAUUACUGUCUGUCUGUUCCUAUCUAUCUAUCUAUUACUGUCUGUCUGUUCCUAUCUAUCUAUCUAUCUAUUACUGUCUGUCUGUUCCUAUCUAUCUAUCUAUCUAUUACUGUCUGUCUGUUCCUAUCUAUCUAUAUAUCUAUCUAUCUAUCUAUUACUGUCUGUCUGUUCCUAUCUAUCUACCUAUCUGUUGCACUGAGUUUACUUCUUAACCUUUUGUUUGAUGCAAUGUGGAAUAUCAACAUUUGUAUAUUACUCCAUCUAUCUAUCUAUCUAUCUAUCUAUCUAUCUAUCUAUCUAUCUAUCUAUCUAUCUAUCUAUCUAUCACUCUGUACAUUUCUAUCUAUCUAUAAAACAGUACAAGCUUAA